AUGGCCUUUCUUUUUUAUCACAAACAGUCCUACAAGAUAAAUUAUCAAACGGAUACAGGAUCUGUAACAUUAUACAAGAAAAACAUUAAUGCAAUAGCUAACGAAAUAAUAGAAAACAUAAAUUUUAAUUUUAUUCUUGGAAUUAUUUUGAUUGAUAAAGUAGAACACUUGGUCAUUGUAUUGGAAUCUGAACAAGCUGGAAUUUUUACUGGAACAGAUAUUUAUAAAAUAACUAAAGUUGAUUUUCUGCCGUUAGGUGAAGUAAAUGACAGUGAUACGAUUUUUUAUUUAAAACACUUAAUUCAUACAAACGAUUUUUAUGUCGUUAAAACCAAAUGCUUUGAAGAAGAAUUUUUUUGGAAUUUGCAUAUGGAGUCUAUGCUCCUUCGCUACAAUAAAUCCAAUAACGAAGAUUUUAUUUUAAAGCAUGCUCCUGUAAAAAGAAGACAUAACUUUUUGUUAGCGUAUCUUUUUUGUGGCUAUUUCACUACAAAAACGUUCAGAAUUGAUGAAGACUUUUACUCAAUGAAAUUAUUAUCUCUCGUUUCUGGUAGUAAAAUGGGGACAAGACUUUUGUCUCGAGGAAUAGAUUUACUUGGUAAUGUUUCAUUUUACGUUAAAACAGUAUUUGAAACAAAGCGCAAUAAUAAAAUAAUUUCUAAUAUGACACUUAUAAGGGGAUCAGUACCUUUGUUUUGGAAACAAAAAAAUAAAGGAAUUAAUGGUAAACUUUAUUUUACUGGAAACCGUAAAGAAUUAGAAUCAUCAUUUGAUAAGCAUUUUAAAAAAUUGCAAGAGCAAUUUGGAAAGAUUUAUGUUAUUACUUUACUUGGAGAUAAAAAAGAUGAAAAGAUUUUAAAUGAUGCAUACACAGAUUUAUUGACCAACAAAAAUAUUAAAUUUUUAUCAUUCGAUUUAAAUUCAUUUAUAAACGAUUUUGAUGACUUGAAGAAUUUAUUUUUUUGGCAUCUCGAUAAAAUUGACGACCAUGAUCUAAUUUAUCGGGUCAAUUGUAUUGAUUGUCUAGACAGAACAAAUUUGGCGCAAUUUUUAAUUUGUAAAUAUAGGUUGGAUAAAAUUUUAAAGAACCCUACAUUUGAUAAAGUUCUGCAAGAAUGCUGGACUGAAAAUGGCAAUUCUCUUAGUAAUUUAUACACGGGAUCAGAUGUUAUGAAGAAAGAACUUUCGCUAAAGCAAAAAAGAAGUUUUUUUGGGAUGAUUGAUGAUUUAUUUAUUUCUGCUACACGAUUAAUUAACAAUAGAUUUACAGAUAAACAGAAAAAUAAAAUGAUAAAUAUACUAUUAGGUAAAAAAGAUUAA